CUCGGCUCCGUCGCUCCCGCGGCGCGAGGCGCUCUAGCUUUCCUCCUCCGCCGCCGCCCCUCCCCCCGCGCAGCCGCCGCCGCCACCGCCGCCACCGCCGCGAGACCCCCUCACGCCGCGCUCGCCCAGCGCGCCCUCCGGCCCCUGCGGCCCUCAAAGAGAACGAGAGGGCGAGCGAGCGCGGCGUUCCCGGGCUGGCCCGGCCCCCUCCCUUCACCAUCGCCGGCCCUCCGCCGCCUUCCUCCGCUUCCACCUCCUCUCCCCCCCCCCAAGUUGAGGCCCCCUCCGGGGGGGGGAGGCCCGGGAACGGGACCGGGAGCGAAUUCUAACUCCUUCGACCCCUCCUCUCGCCUGGCCUAAGUGUGAGGGGAAGGGCCCGGCCCGGCCAGCGUCGUGUGUGAGGACGACCCCGGGAGGGCCCACGGGCCGUGUAGGGCCUGGUCCGGCCCACCGGGUGUGUGAAGACCGGGGCCCGGUGCGGCCGGGCCCGAGGGCGAGCAGAGGGGAAGGGCCUGGUUCGGCCCGGCCGGUGCGUGAGGACUGGGGCCCGGGCCUGGCGCCGCCGCCGCCGCCGAGAUGGCCCAGCAGCAGAUGACCAGCUCGCAGAAGGCCCUGAUGCUCGAGCUGAAAUCCCUGCAGGAGGAACCGGUGGAGGGCUUCCGGAUCACCCUGGUGGAUGAGUCCGACCUCUACAACUGGGAGGUGGCCAUCUUCGGGCCCCCCAACACCCUCUACGAAGGCGGCUACUUCAAGGCGCAUAUUAAAUUUCCUAUUGACUACCCCUAUUCACCACCUACCUUCAGAUUCUUGACCAAAAUGUGGCACCCCAACAUUUAUGAGAAUGGAGACGUAUGCAUUUCAAUUCUUCAUCCGCCUGUAGAUGACCCACAGAGUGGAGAACUGCCUUCUGAAAGGUGGAAUCCUACUCAGAAUGUGAGGUCAUCAAAUUCUGCAUCAGAGGCGGAGGAGAAAGACAGUGCAAAGCUCUCUUCUUCUAAGGCGUCCAUCGCCGCCGCCCCGCGUAGGAUCCUACCCCACCCGAGGCCCACCCACACGCAGAACGCGGCGGCUGGCCGGGUUAAGGCCCCGCAGCCAAGGCCGGUCACUCACUGCCCAGUCGGCACCUUCUCCCCAGCCAAUGUCGAUGCUUCAGUUAUGUUCAGGAAAUGGAGAGACAGUAAAGGAAAAGACAAAGAAUAUGCUGAAAUCAUUAGGAAACAAGUUUCAGCCACUAAGGCUGAAGCAGAAAAGGAUGGAGUGAAGGUCCCCACAACCCUGGCGGAAUACUGCAUCAAAACUAAAGUGCCUUCCAAUGACAACAGCUCAGAUUUGCUUUACGACGACUUGUAUGAUGAUGACAUUGAUGAUGAAGAUGAGGAGGAGGAAGAUGCCGACUGUUAUGAUGAUGAUGAUUCUGGGAAUGAGGAGUCGUGACGUGCUCCUUCAGUGUCCCUGUACUGCCCUGCCGUCUCAGGCCAAAGGGAGGGGAGCAAAUGGGGACCUGGCCAUGGCCCCUCAGCAAAAACCUAUUCACAGCGGGUGGGGAAACAAACACACAGCUCCUGCUGACUCCCCUUAUGGAUCUCGGUUUGCUCCUUUUUAUGGACCUUUAAUGGAGAGAGAGUAACCCUCCACAGAAUGUCUGAAUUCUUGCAUUCUUUACCCUUCCAUCAUCACUGUAUUGAUUCUUUUUUUUAAAAAACAUCAACCCAAACUCCCGCCUCACUUCGUCUCUACAGAAUGUUCACAGCAAAACACGUUUGGUCUGUUUUUAGAUUCUUGAAGAAUUAAAUAGUCUUUCAAGAUGUUUAAUGUGUUUAAAGCUGGGAACCUGUUGGGAGUUCACAAGUGCUGCAUAUACUGGGUAGCAAAAGAAAAUGGAAAAAAAACCCACAAAACAAACUUAAAGAAAAAAGCAAAUUUGCCAAGGUUUAGCUGCUCAUUUACAUUAAGUGUGUGCGCAUUCGUUCAGCCCCAUGGUGGUGAGUUUUGUUUCUUUCCCUUCCUAAGGCUGGGAUAUGGUGGGUGUCAGGGACUUUGUGCUAAGCCUGAUGAAAUGUGCUCCUCCAGUCUCCAUGAAAUCCUAAAACAUGGAGGCCUCAGCUACUCUGAGGAGAGAAAUCAGACUUUGUUUUUUGAAAUCGAUUGGGAUGGAAAGCCUGAAAUAAAUAUUCAUACUUUACAUAGAA